CGGUAAACAGGCCAAUGAGAAAAGCAGAAGACGAGUGUGUUGUUCCCUCAGCUUGCUUCGCCUCCAAUCAUGGAGCAAUGCUGGCAGCUGUGAGCAAUAGUUGAUAUUACUGAUCAAACAGCCGUUUAUUUCUCUCGAGACUACGUUAUCUUUGGUCCAGUCCGGAUUACCAACCGUUAAUAACCCACACGGAGCAGUCAGUGUGGAUACAUCAGGCGCGCGGGUAUAUCUUUGUGCUCAUAUGCUAAGGAUGGACAACACACCGUGAUGACCCGAACAAUCUGCGCUGAAACUACCCGAGAAGCUCAAGGCGCUGUGAACGGGCCGAAGAGUGUCAGGCCGUCUGUCUUGAGACACAAACCCGAGCUCGAGACCCCUCCAGAGAUACGAGAAUAUAAACCAUCUAACAGUCCUGUACUGCUGGGAUCAACUCACUCUCUCUGAUAGAAACCUGCUCCUCUAAUGAUGAAUGCUGUCAAAGGUGGCGCGGUCACCUGGCGUCCACAGCCAUGGAAGGAUGCAGAUCGAGGUGGAGGAGAACCUCUCUCAGAUAGUGACUCCGAAGAAGAAGAUUUUCCUGAUGACUACUCGACUCCGUUGGGGGAAUAUGUGACUCAAGGGUUAAAACAGCUGCUUGAUGCUCAGCAGUUGUGUGAUGUCACUCUUUUGGUGGAGGGAAAAAAGUUUAUGUGUCACAGAGUUCUUUUAGCAGCUGUCAGUCCAUAUUUCCGUGCCAUGUUUACCAGCCCUCUCGUAGAGUCUCGUCUUACCGAGAUCCGACUGGAGGAGGUGACCCCUUCUGUUAUGGAGACUGUUAUCCACUUUGUUUAUACAGGGGAAGCCGGUCUUAGUCUCGACACGGCAGAGGAUCUGUUUGUAGCAGCCAAUCGUCUUCAAGUGAUGCCUUUGCAGGACCUUUGCUCUAGAUUCCUUUUUGAGCACCUGUCUGUGGACAAUUGCCUGGGCAUGUACUCUUUGGCUCGUUCACAUCAUGACCAGCUGCUUCUUCGGGCUUCUUUGAGGCUGGUAGGCCAGCAUUUUCCUCGAGUGGCCCGGCAGCGAGACUUCCUCCUGUUGGACCCAGGGACUCUCGGCAGCUUGUUGGAGUCGGAUCGAUUGGGUGUGGAGUCUGAGACUGAGGUUUACGAUGCAGCAAGGCGCUGGGCAGAAUACCAGCCAGCUGAUCGUUACAUUCACAUGCCCAAUUUGUUACGCCAUUUACGCCCCGGUCUUUUUGGCCCUGAAGAGAGCCACCGAAUGAACCAAGAACUUGGGCCUCGAGCCAGUACCGAGGGCAUGGGAGGACCGCUGAGGCCUAGAGAAGGUAUGUUUGAGAAGAAAAUAGUCUGUGUAGACCUUAAGCCAAGGGAGGAUGAGUCUUUACAGAAAAGGGACUUCACGGUGGAUUGCUUCGACCCUCGUACAGGGAAGUGGGAGAAGCUGGCAGCCUUGGGCUCGCUGCUUUGUCCCGGCUGCACUGCUGUCGGAGGCCGACUGUUUGUUGCGGGAGGCAUCCUGCGGAGUAGCGAGGUCUCCUCAGCACUUCAUGAGUACGAUGUCGUGCUAAACCGCUGGAUUGAACAGCCAUCGAUGGCUGAACCACGUGCGAUGUUGGGUCUUCUUGGCUGCGGAGGUUUUUUAUAUGCUCUUGGUGGCUGUAACCGAGCAGCAUUUCUGGACACGUCUGAAAAAUUUGACCUUAACACGCUGACCUGGGCAUCAGGACCUCGUUUGCCAUUGCCAUUGCGAUCUUUUGCUUGCUCUGCCCUCCGCUGUCGUCUCUAUUUGCUUGGCGGUACCACACUGGAGCAGAGCAGAGCUGUGGUGCAUGCUGGUGUGCUUAUAUACCACACCGUUACAAAUACCUGGAGCCGUGUCGCGCUUGACUCUGGUGCCACCUGCCUGGCUGGAGGUGUAGCAGUACGUGGUGGCGUUUGUGCCAUUGGUGGUUACUUACGCGAUGCCGCCAAGUUCCUCAAUGGCAACUACACCCAGGCAGAACCACUAGAUGCCACAGGACGUGUGUUGUUCUUCCGAGAAGGACGGGGAUCAGGAUUAGAGCGGGAGGUGGCGGUCGGAGUUGAGCGAGGGGGUGGAGGUAGUGACCGUGCGCCUAGUCCCGUGGUUUUUCCAGGUCUGCCAAGGAGGAUUGCUGCCGGAGGUGUGGCUAGAUGGAAACGCAGGAUUUAUGUAUUGGGUGGUGAGAAUGGAUCAAGAUUUUAUGACAGCGUCUACUGCUGGAAACCUGGCUGGCGAAGUUGGGUCCAAAGACGGGAGAAAUUACCUGGGGAUACAGGAGGAGUUAGCCAGUUUGGAUGUACCACUCUUAAGUUCCCCAAAAAACACAUUUUAACACGUCUUCGGGCUGCUCAGCAGAAACGUGGGAAGGAGAAACGACCGACCCGGUCGUGCAGAGUCUUGCGGAUCGACAGGACGAAUCAGGCAGUGUGAUUUUCUUUUAUUUUAUUUUUUUUUUUCCUUUCAGUGAGACACACAAGCAUUUUGGAAACGUUUAUGCACCUACUUUUGCAUCUUUACUCUUGGUUGAUGUCUAGAUGUUUUAAAUUUCAUUAUUUCAUUUCUGCAAGCUGAACGCGAGUUUUUGUUCUGACAGAAGUACUGACAGAAAAUAUAUGUAACAAUUGAAUAUGAUUUCAGAAUGUUUUGAACUUAAUAAUGACAAUUCUUCAUAAAUGCCCCAAUCUGAUCUUAGAAAUGGUAUCAUCUUGGAGAAUAAUAAAAUGUUUGAAUCACAGCAAAAAACAAAACUUAUAUAUAUAUAUAUAUAUAUAUAUAAAAAACAGGUUAUGCAUAUGUUUGACUCGAUGAGUAAAAAGUCUGAACCUUUUUGCUUAAAGUUAUUGCUUUGAGGCUGAAUGUAGUUUUACACACAUAAGAACAUCUAGAUGCCCACCAUAACAGCAGUUGUUACUAUAAAGUCAUAACCGCUCAAUAUAGGAUCUAAACAGUGUAAGCUUUAAAUUAUCUUUUUUUUGUUUGUUUUUUGAUGACCGUGUGGUCAAAUUACACUUAUGUUUAACAGCUAUUUAGCAACAUCAUGAGAUUCUUCCAGGGUUUCCAUCAACAAGCAUUUUUAUGGCAUAUCCCAACAUUUGCAUUAAAAAUUCUGGAUGUACGAUUAUGUGAAUAAAAUUAGCAUAAUGUGCUUAAAUGUGUACACUUUGCUUGGGGUGGAUAAUUUUAUUAUUAUUAUUAUUAUUUUUUUGAAGACAUGCACCCAAACUAUGAUGGAAAUACAUGUGCAAAUUAAAUUGUUAGAUGUGCAUUCAAAAGACGUCUUGGCCUCAAAAUCAUAUGCCUGAAUAAUUUGCUUAGAGAAAGGAAAACAAGUUUAUCUGGCCACUCUGAAAUUUUACAUUGUAGGCGAUUGCUAGCAUAUGAAGUUUGUAAGAGUGUUUUAUCGGAGUACUCAACCACAAGAAAUGUAUUACAUUUAAUAAAGGAGUGGCUUCUAUUGGCUACAGUUUCCCUUUUAUAUUAUUUUUAUUUCUCUUGAACUAAUGGUCUGAAACAGUUUUUUGUUUGCAAUCUUUUUGCAUUACAUUUUGUUUCAUCAUAUGCAGUCUAAAACAUUGAUAAACACUGAUGAACAGCAUUAUUUAAUUCUAAAUGAUGUGACUAUUCAGAUUUAAUGUGCUGCAAACUCUACUGUAUUUUAA